AAACGAUUCUAUUUGCUGAUAGGUGGAUGUAUUGUACUGUUUUCAGUAUACUACUAUGAGCAUUUAGAAACUGUGCCAAUCAGCGGACGUCGUAGAUUCAACGAUGUUUCGCCUGGAAUGGAAAGACUGAUUGGCAACCAGACUUAUGAAGCUGUCAUGCACGAAUAUCGACAUGCAAUAUUGCCUGCCUAUCAUCCUCAAAGUGUUUUUGUAAGAAGAAUUGCUGGUCGUCUUAUCAAAGCCAGUGGUCUUGCCAGUCCUGACUGGGAAGUGUUUGUGAUUAACGAUCCACAAACCAAUGCAUUUGUUCUGCCCAAUGGCAAGAUAUUUGUGUUUUCAGGUAUUAUUCCUAUUGCAAUGAACGAGGAUGGCAUUGCAACUAUUCUUGGUCAUGAGAUUGCACAUCAUGUAGCUCGUCAUUCAGCAGAGAAACUUGCAUGGGGAAAACUAUUGUUGAUUCCGCAGAUCCUCAUUACACUAUUUCUUGGACCCGACUAUGGGUCACUGUUUCGCGGCAUGAUUAUGGAACUCGCUAUUCUGCGACCGUUUUCAAGAAAAUGCGAGUCCGAGGCCGAUUAUAUUGGACUCCAGAUCAUGUCCAAAGCAUGCUAUAAUCCGAGUUCAGCCAUUCAACUUUGGCAGAGAAUGAGUGCAUCUCAAGUAGGUGCCAAUAUGCCUCAGUUUUUGAGCACGCAUCCUAGCGAUGAGUCCCGUAUAGACCAAAUUCAAAAAUGGCUGCCUGAAGCCAUGCAGACUUAUGUAGACUCUGGCUGCAACGAGGCAAGUCGACAUUUGUAUUGGUGA